AUGACUAAAGAAAACUCAGGAAUAGACGAUAACUUAAAUUUUACUAGAGAUUUGGCUUUAUUUUACUUCGGAUACCGUGCAUUUAUUAAACAAGAGGACGACCUAGUACUUUCUUACGGAAUUCGUCAAGUACAUCGGCGAAUUAUAUUUUUCAUUGGAAGACUUCCUGGCUUGACCGUUAAUGAAUUACUUGAAGUGCUUGAUAUUUCUAAACAAGCUUUGAACGGUCCUAUGAAUGAUUUAAAAGAAAAAGAAUUGGUUCAUUUCAAGCCAAAUGAAAAUGACAAAAGAAUCAAACAGCUUUAUCUGACCGAACAAGGAAACAUGUUAGAUGAACGUAUGAAUGAAAAUCAAAUCAAUAAAAUGAAGCAAUAUUUUAGUGAAUCUGGCGAUAAAGAGGGCAGUUUUUGGACUAAGGUCAUGGAAUUAUAUGCCAAUGAAAUUGGUGAAAAAUAUGUCAAUCGUUUAUAA